AUGCUUCCUACGCCAGAUACAUCACACGUCUCCUUCGACACAAUCUACGAACCCUCGGAAGACUCCUACCUGUUCCUAGACACCCUCUCAUCCGCCUCCGAAUCCGCCUGGCUGAAAUCCCGCUUCCCCUCGUCCACACCCUCCCCGCUCCUCCUCGAAGUGGGCUCCGGCUCCGGCGUCGUCCUCGGCUUCGUAACCGCAAACUCAUCACUGAUUCUCGGCCGCCGUGAUGUCCUUGCGCUUGCGACGGACGUGAAUCGCAACGCAUGCGCUGCGACGAAGAAGACUGUCGAAGUAGCCGUGGAUGAGCGGCAAUUGGGGCGACAAGAGGGCGAGGAUGUGCAAAUAAAGUCGAAGUCUGUCUGCCUGGCUGCUGUAACAGGAGACCUUUGUACACCCCUCCGCCCGGGAAGCGUGGACAUCCUCCUCUUCAACCCGCCCUACGUGCCGACCGAGGAACUCCCCGCUAUGCCGUCUACCGCUGAUGCGACUACAAACGAUGCGGAGCUAUCCCGGAGCGCAAAGUUCGAGCGCGACUCGUACUACCUUUCCCUUACGUACGCCGGGGGUCGAGAUGGGAUGGAGACCACGGAUAGACUACUUGAGUCAAUACCGGAGGUGCUGGAUCCGGACCGCGGCGUCGCGUAUAUACUGCUCUGCGCGCAGAAUCGGCCGGCGGAGGUUAAAGACAGGAUUCGUGGCUGGGGAGCGGGAUGGAGGGCUGAGAGUGUUGGGAACAGUGGGGUGCAAGCUGGAUGGGAGAAGUUGGUUAUUGUGAGAAUCUGGAGGGAGUAG